AUGAAGGAACGUGUAUCAAGUUUCAGUAUGACAGCGGAACCGAGACGUCUUCAGGUCUUCGACCACCAUUAUCUCAGAACUAUGGCUGGUGACAGAAAAAUGUGUGCUUGCAAAGAAGCCAAUUGCACAUCUAAAAAUAAUCUGCUGAGAGCGCACAAAUACAAAUAUCGUUUAGCUGUAGAACCCUUUCGCUGCCUAACUGUCAUGCUACCCGUAGGAAUCACGAGGGCUGGGAUACUGCCAGGUUGCCCAAGCUUAGACAGGGGAAGUCGAGAGCCAGAGAUCGGGUUCGAACCACGGACCUUUCGGUCACUUGUCCGGGUUCAGAAUGAAGCUGCUGCAAGGAUACAGGCGUUUGCUCGUGGAAUCUUAUGCCGUGUUGCAGUGAAACGUGCGGUUGCGGCGGAAUUCGACGUUUUGGCCAAACAACUCAACGGGUUUUCCAGUUCUAUACCAGUCAAUCAAGAAUCUUACUUGUCAAACGAAUUUGGAGAAUUCAACAAGAUGCUUUUCCGUCUCAUGCGUUCUUUCAACUGGUAUUGCCGACGAACUUUGGACAAGGACAGGCUUCUCACUGCCUGUCGACUGUUGCUAUCCAGACAAGGGCUCACCACUUCUCUGUUUUGGAUGUCAUCCGAAUCCUCAGAUCAACGUUUCGUCCUCGGCUCUACGCUGCGCGUGGUCCUCAAUUAUCUAGCUAGUCUUCCUGCCAUAUCCCCAUCGAGUGACUACACAAUUCCGGUGCGCCUUUUGGAAGAUAUGAUAUCCCCUAAAUUAAUCGAAACCUCCACUGUUCAUGCACCCUCAAACGAUUCCCUUUACUCCAAUCGUCUCUGGUUGUACACAUAUCUUGCCAAAUGUCACUACUUCCGCAUUCUAGCUCAAUUUGUUGAUCGUCAGUUACCACCAACUGCAGGCUAUUUGACGAAUCAAAAUGCUACCGACAAUGAUGUUGCGGUAUUCGACCCGAUCGAAUUCCAACGAGUGCCUCGUGCAGCAACCUUUGUCCAAUUGGUUUUGGCUCCGCUCACCUGGGCUGACGCGAACUUACGCAAGGAAGAUCGCUCGACCGCUUUAAAAUACUUGCUGGCUUCCGCGCUGAAUGACGUUUUGGCACCGGAUCCAGGCGUGUCGACACCGAGUGAACGAAUUGUUCGUGGGAUUGGUGCCCGAUUGUUCGAUACUCCUUCGGCACUUCAAUCUAUUUCCGACAUUUGUCUCACGUGUGGUGAAGGAACUGCCUCGGAAAAACGUUCAAUUUUCCUUGUACCGUCUAUCAGCUUAUUGUACACAUUGGUCACUGUGGCGGUACCCAAGCUGAUCUGUCCGACCGACUCAACAGCUAGUCCGGCGUCGCCGGUACCACAUGACCUGAUGGAGUUGGCUCCGGAUAACGAGGAAGCAGACGAGGAAGGUCAAUCACUCGUCGAACAUCCUAAUGUUGCUCGCCUAAAUCCCACCGUACCGCCUGAUAUGGCGGCAAAACUAGUCCGUUCCAUCGCCUGGCUCCUCAUCCACGCACUUCGUGCCCCCGGAAUGCCGUCGAUGCGACCUUUGAAGAAUCCGAAACCGCUAGUGUGCCUUCAUACAGACCGGGCCGAUGAGUCUUCAGACGAGGAGGAUGAAGACACAGAGCAGCGAAAUGUCGGAAGCCGGUCCGAGCAGCUGCAGAAACAACCCACUGUCUAUAGGCCCGCUUGGGAUACACAAAUUACGGACAUGUUCUCAGUCCUCCGGCGCACAUUACCCUCUUUGGCAUCCGGCGCACUGCGUUGUUUGAGCGAGAAUACUUCGUUGUCAUCCACACAUUCCGGCGUUCUGUGCCCUGAUCACUCUGACUUGGUUCGCUCUUUGGCGCAACUUCAUUAUUCGUUAACACAGAUCUACGGACUUCCCUCUCUGGCGAUGAUUGGACUGAAUUCGGUCUACUCCGAUCACCCCGUCUUCAUCCGCUCGCUUUGGCAUCUAGUCCAAUUUUCCACAACUAGCCGAACACAAACAGAUGCAGCCGCAAAUCACGGAACGUAUCCGAUCUUCAAUCUCUUAUCAUCGGGAGAGCUGCCUGAAAAUCCUAGUGAUGUACAAAGUUAUCUGCCUUUGGUGUAUACGUUUGCCGAUUGCUUGCAUCAUCGCCUUCUCUGUCUAACUGACGAAGAGAUUUGUGGAAUAGCUUCAGAACCCAGUACGAACUCUACUUUUGGAUGUGGGUUCCAAACCAAAGAACUUCUGCAAGUGGGUGCCAGACUUCGUGAUUUGAUGAUAGGAUUGAUUGACAUUUCUCACCCGGAUCACCCACCCAGGCACUUUUUACCUGAAGAGGAAAGUGAUGGAAGAAGCAUUGGUGCGAAACCCAUGCCAAAUUAUCGUGAACUGUUCGAACGUGUGCAAAUGCGGGCUGAGGCAGUGGCAGCCGGAGCUUCUCCUGGAGCUAGUUUGCUGAUGCGGAAUACCUCUGGCUGGUCUCCCCUCGACUUGAGGAUUCAGUUGCAGUGCUGGAUCAGCCUUUUUCGGAGGGUUCAACGCCUUGUCUUUCAAAUCUACGAUUGGGAUCGUCGUUGUCAUCGGCAUUCUUUAAUGCAGUCCGAUAUGGGUGCACUUUGCUUAGCCCAGCAGCCAGCAGCUUUGAAUGACGCAGCAUUCGAAUGUCUGGAGAAUGCCACUCAGUCCUCUGCGGGCCUCAAUCCCUUUGCGACACCAACUCAGGCUUUUUGGUUCAAGGAAAGCAUUGCUUCAACCAUCGAUUCAUCUCUCCGGUCGUGGCUACAACAUGGUGGAGACCGCAGUACGGUAACUCUAGCUGGCACUCCUUUUGGAUACUACAGUCGUUUGAACCCGGAUAUGGAUCAUGGUGGUGUCAAUCCUUUCAUAUUAUCCAGUCGAGAAGUACGACAAGUUCUGAUCCUCAGAGAGAUCCCCUUUGUGAUUCCUUUCGAGAGACGUGUCAGGCUGUUUCAACUUCUGCUGGAAUCUUCGCGUACGGCGGUUCAGGGUUCCUACGUUCCAAGUUUGGCGGUCCUUGCGACUCAUUCCGAUUCGGAGCGCUACCCAGAUGUGUCGAUUCUUGUCCGUCGCACUCAUUUGUACGAAGAUGCAUUCGAGAAAUUAUCGAAAGAGAAUGAAGCUAGUCUCCAACCUCGUCUCAGAGUACGCUUCAUGAACCAACUGGGGACUGAGGAAGCCGGAGUCGAUGGUGGAGGUUUAUCGCGUGAAUUCCUCUCAGAAGUUCUCCGGGCCGGGUUUGAUCCAACGCGUGGAUUUUUCAUUUAUACCGCCGAGAAGACGCUCUAUCCGAACCCACAAGCCUCUGCUAUCACAGAGGACUACUUGAAGCAUUACUACUUCUUGGGUCGAAUGUUGGCUAAGGCUAUCUACGAAGGCAUGCUGAUUGAACUACAAUUUGCCCACUUCUUCCUUGCGAAGGUCGUCAGCAGAAGCGGAGGCAGUGUUGGGUUUGAUUAUUUGCAUUCGUUAGAUCCAGAACUGUACAGACAACUACGGAACCUGAAAAACUACUCUGGUGAUGUUCGUGAUCUGUCACUUGAUUUCACCGUGGUCACUUCAACUUUCGGCCAGUCAGAUACGAUCGAACUCAAGCCUGGCGGUCGUCAUAUCCCCGUGACAAAUGAAAACCGCGUGGAAUAUAUGCAUUUGGUUGCCUACUACAAACUAAACAAACAGAUUUAUCCGCAAGUGAAGGCCUUUACCACCGGUUUGAACGAUGUGAUUUGUUUGGACUGGCUUCGGUUGUUCGAUGCAGAUGAGUUGCAAACUCUCAUUUCUGGCGCAAACACAGUUAUCGAUAUAGAUGACCUGGAGAAACACACAGUCUACCUGCAAAAUUCCAGUGAAUUCUCAGAAACUUUAAAACACUUUUGGUCUGUUCUACGUGAUCUAUCGGAAUCGGACAAACGGCUUUUUCUCCGUUUUGUCACUGCCUGUUCACGACCACCCAUGUUCGGAUUUCGUGACCUGCAGCCACCAUUUUCAAUCCAGAUCACACAAGAAUUGGAUCGGCUACCGACAGCCAGCACUUGUAUGAACCUCCUUCGAUUGCCUGAUUUCCGUGACCCAGUCGUGUUGCGCGAGCGUUUGCUGUAUGCUCUACAUGCAAACGCCGGCUUCGAGUACAGCUAGACAUCGGGGAUGACUUCGGAAUUUGCCGUCUUGUCUUUCUCGUCCUCGUCCUCUCUCACCCCAAAUCUGCGUUAAUAAACAAUCGUUAUAAAGCACUGACCAUUAUAAAUUGAUGAAUUUAUUUUAACCCUGAAUUCCGCUCUUAUUUCUUGGCACCUUCGACUACACAUGCACGAAUUUGUUCUUUCAUUCGUUUGUGAAUAGACUGC